GCGAUCUCCACCUCCUCAAUCCUCCUCGUCCCGUAUGAACCCCACCACGUGACAACAUAUCACGAAUGGAUGAAAGAUCCCGAAAUCCAAGAAACAACCGCAUCCGAGCCGCUCCCACUAGACGAAGAAUACGCCAUGCAACGAUCCUGGAGGACGGAUCACGACAAGCUGACCUUCAUCGCCUGCCAGCCCCUCCCCGGGGAUCAAGAAGCCAUGCAGCGAUCCGCGGUGGCGGGUAAAGGCGACGCUCCAGACCGCAUGCUCGGCGACGUAAACCUCUUCCUCGCCCCCGCCGACGAAGACGAAGAAGGCUGUGUCGGCGAACUGGAACUCAUGAUCGCGUCCACCUCCCACCGAAGGCGGGGGUACGGACGAGCCGCAAUCCUCGCCUUCCUUUGCUAUAUCGAGACCCGCCUCCAGGGAAUCUUAGAAGAGUAUAGAAUUGGAUGUGGAGGGAAAGAUGGGGGGAGGAUGAAUUUGUUGAUGUUGAGAGUCAAGAUUGGAGGCAAGAAUGAGAAGAGUAUUGGGCUUUUUGAGGGAAUUGGGUUUGUGAAGACGGGCGAGGGGGAGAAUUAUUUUGGGGAGGUGGAGAUGGUUUUUGAGGGGGCGAUUGGUGGGGGGAGAGUUGGGAAGCUGUUGGAGAGGUUUGGGAUUGAGGCGUACAGGGAGAUGGAGUAUGCGGAGGGGGAGCCAUGA